ACUGACAGUUAUCAACACAGUUAUAAAAUCUGUCAUUACAAAACCCGGGACCUCAAUAAAUUAAAGUUGAACAAUUUAAAUCAUAGCACUAAUACGCUUAGACUUUUCAGUCAUCAUGCUUUUAUAUUCAUUGUUAAUUUGUGGAUUUUGUGUAUUUUACUCGUCUGCUAUUUACAAUAAUAAUCCAGGGCCGAAAUAUCCUCCAACAAAAGGUGAAGUUUGGCCUAAACCGCAGUAUCAAAAAUCGGAAAGGUAUUAUUUUACUGUAAAUACCUCAGCGUUUAAAAUAAAGGCAACCAACCACACAUGUCCAAUUCUAGCAAAAGCGAUAGAGAGGUACUCAUUCAUUAUGAGAAACACAUUCAAUUUGGAUCUAAAUCGUAAACCUAAGACAUCUCGUCAUAGGCUCCCGAGGGAGACCAACUCUGAAGAUCCUUAUUAUCAAGGCUUACUGAAGGAAUUGGAUAUUGAAUUGAUUUCACCAUGCGAAGAAUAUCCUUACUUCAACAUGGAUGAAAGUUAUGAACUAACCAUUUCUACAACAGCAAAACUUUUGAGCAGUUCUAUAUGGGGCAUACUCAGAGGACUCGAGAGUUGGAGUCACCUGCUAUACCUAACAGAUGAUAAGGAUGGAGUAAGCAUUGAUAUUUGUGUAAACAGAACGCAUAUUGCUGAUUUUCCGCGAUACGCCCACCGUGGGCUGUUACUGGACACGGGUCGGCAUUUCAUAUCGAUGUCCAACAUCCUCAAGACCCUGGACGCCAUGGCUAUGAACAAGUUGAAUGUAUUCCACUGGCAUAUAGUUGACGACCAAAGCUUCCCCUACCAGAGCGAGAAGUUCCCAGAUCUAAGUGGCAAAGGCGCAUUUGAUCCAUCCUUGGUGUACACCAAGGAUAACAUAGCGACGGUGUUGCAGUAUGCCACAGAGAGAGGCAUCAGAGUGUUGCCGGAAUUUGAUGUCCCUGGUCACACGAGGUCAUGGGGUGAAGCUUUCCCAAACGUUUUGACAGAAUGCUUCUCAGAUGGCAAAGUCGUCGGUCUCGGUCCCAUGAACCCAACCGUCAACACCACGUACAAAUUGUUCCAGGAGCUUAUGGAAGAAGUACAGGAGUGGUUUCCUGACAAAUACUUUCAUAUUGGCGGUGACGAGGUGCAGUUUGAUUGUUGGGAAUCGAAUCCAGAUCUUCAACAAUACAUGAAAGAUCACCAUAUGACAGCGACACAGCUCCAUGCGCUCUUUAUGAAGAAUGUGAUUCCACUUCUAGGAAAUAAUACGAAACCUAUAGUAUGGCAAGAAGUAUUCGACGUUGGAGUGCCCCUAUCCUCGGACACAAUCAUUCAUGUAUGGAAAAAUGGAUGGGUGGAGGAGAUGGUCAAGAUACUAAAAGCAGGCCACCGCCUUAUCUUCUCCGCGUCGUGGUAUCUGGACCAUUUGAAGACCGGGGGCGAUUGGGAGGACAUGUACAUGGCCGACCCUCGGUUGAUGGUGAACUUAGUGGACGAUACGGCGUCAUUGGACAACAUCGUCGGGGGGGAGGCUUGUAUGUGGGGUGAAGUGGUCGACGACACUAAUGUUAUUAACAGGGUAUGGCCACGGACCAGUGCAGCCGCCGAACGUCUUUGGAGUGCUGGCCUCGCUUCCAAUUCCCUUGAGAGGAACGUGAGGCUUAGCAUCCUGGACAAGGCUCGCCAUCGCAUAGAAGAGCAUGCCUGCCGCAUGAGACGCCGAGCCAUCAACGCGCAGCCUCCGAAUGGACCUGGAUUCUGUGUUGGAGCUAAAUUAUUUUAAACUCCGAUUAUAAUUUACUUAAUACUCAGACGACUACAUAACAAACUGGAUUCUGUAGCACUUUACGUAGUGGUAAUAAGAGCGAGUUUGCAAAUGAAAUGUGUAGAAGUAGGUAACUAGGUAAAUUAUUUUGAUAAAAUAUUUACCUGUUAGUUAUUAGGCUAAUUUAAUAUUAUUCUAUUUCCUAGGGUACUACCACAAACUCAAGAUUAAACCAGAAAGUUGUUUGGAGUUAACAGUAUACUCAAAAAUAACUGAUAGUCCUUAAAAUAUUUAUUUCUAAGCGGCAUCAAUGUACAAUUGUACACAUACAAAUCUUUCAAUUAAUUUUAUUUUAUUUAAACUGAUACUGAAUGAAAACUUGUGGCUAGGCUGGAUUAAACCUUUUGUAUUGACUUGUGGAAAUCCUUGGAGGAGGCCUUGUCUAAAAGUGGACUUCCUAUGGUUGAAACCAUUCCUUGGUAUUACAGACUCCAUUUUCGAGGAACCAUUUUUGCAGUUGAUAGUUGGAGAUAUUUAAUAAUUAAAAUGAUGAUUUUAUUUUAUAAGAUUUUAAUAAAGUUUAUCUUUGUUUAAUCGUU